CUCAAUGGGAAUGUAAAACAGCACACUACAAUACAAACCGCAUGUCACGGGUGGCGUUACAUGACAAAGAAACCAUUUCACAAACACACUAUACAAGGCAAAAAGACCAAUUUGCCCCCCUCUAUUCUGCAAAAAACCUCUUGAGCCUUACAUUCUCUUUGUGAGACCCAACCAACCAUUUUUGCUCAUACAAAUCAGAGCUUCCAUUCCCUCAGUUUCCCUAUAAUCAUCAUCAAUGGCAUUGAAUUUAUCAUCAAAAUCCCCAAUCAUUCUCUUGAUUUUCACAAUUUCUGCAGUUAUUUCCACUCAUGCCCUUGACAUUGGCCUCCAUGCCCAUGCUGGCCUUGACCUGUUCAAACAGUGCAGUAGGACAUGUGAAUCAAUGUUUUGUGAUGCUCCACCAUUUUUGAGAUAUGGGAAAUAUUGUGGGCUGUUGUAUAGUGGGUGCCCUGGGGAGCAGCCCUGUGACCGCCUGGACGCCUGCUGUAUGCAUCAUGAUCAAUGCAUAGCUAAAAUGGGAAAUGAUUAUUUGAGUCAGAAGUGCAAUAAAGAAUUUCUUGGGUGUGUGGAGGCGUUCAUGAGAUCAGGUGCACCCUCGUUCAAAGGCAACACUUGCGAAGUUGGUGGAGUUGUCAAAUCCAUUAGCCAGGCAAUGAGAGCUGCCAUUGUUGCUGGAAAAGUUUUUGGCAAACCAUAAAAUUUNAAA